AUGCAGAUCUUCGUCAAGACCCUCACGGGUAAGACUAUCACCCUUGAGGUGGAGUCGUCCGAUACCAUUGACAAUGUCAAGUCCAAGAUUCAAGACAAGGAAGGCAUCCCACCCGACCAGCAGCGGUUGAUUUUCGCCGGCAAGCAACUCGAGGAUGGCCGUACCCUUUCCGACUACAACAUCCAGAAGGAGUCGACUCUCCACCUGGUUCUCCGUCUGCGUGGAGGAGCAAAGAAGCGCAAGAAGAAGGUGUACACCACUCCCAAGAAGAUCAAGCACAAGCGCAAGAAGACCAAGUUGGCUGUUCUCAAGUACUACAAGGUCGACGGUGAUGGCAAGAUUGAGCGCCUGCGACGUGAAUGCCCUACCAAGGAGUGCGGUGCUGGUGUGUUCAUGGCUGCGAUGCACAACCGUCAAUACUGUGGUCGUUGCCACUUGACCUACGUUUUCGAUGAUUCCAAGUAA